AUGGAAGAGCGCGACUGGAGCGACGGCAUGCCCAUCGUUCCGCCGACGCCGGCCGCCGUGGAGGCCAUGCUCAAAGGCACCAGGCGUGACCCGCAGGACGUGGUGAUGGUGAUGGAGCCCGGCUUCGGCCUGGCCACCGUCGAGAAAAUAGCGAUCAACGCGGUGAUGGCCGGUUGCCAACCCGCGCAGUUCCCCAUCCUGCUGGCCGCCCUCGAGUGUAUCGCCCAACCCGAGAUGAACCACCGGGACAUGCAGGUGUCCGGCCACACCGAGGCUCCGCUCAUCCUGGUCAACGGCCCUGCCGCCGCCAGGGCGGGCAUCAAUUGCGGCACGUCGGCCAUGGGUCCGGGUGUAGUCAACAAGGCCAACACCGCCAUCGGCCGCGCUCUGCGUCUGUGUCUGAUCAACAUCGGCUACUGUAAAGCCGGCGCCGGCGACCCGAACUUCAUCGGGUUGCCCACCAAGUUUGGCAUGUGCAUCGCCGAGAACGAAGAGGUCAGUCCCUGGCAGCCCUAUCAUGUGGACAAGGGGUUCCGACCGGACGAAAGCGCGGUCACCGUGAUUACCGUCACCGGCCCCACCGAUAUUCUCGACAACGCCUCGAAGAACCACGAGGAUACGCUGAACAACAUCGCUUCCAUGAUGUUCUACCGCCACGCCGGCGGUGGAAGCUGGAUCAAGGGCCGGCAGUCUGCCCAGGUGGGGCACACCAAUCAGCGGGUUGAGUACCAGAGCCCCUAUCAUCCCGUCAUUCUCAGCCCAUCCCGCGCGGUGAUCCUGGCCGAGGCUGGCUUCAGCAAGCGGGACACCCAGGAGUGGUUGCACGAGCAUUGCCGUGCCUCGCUGCGAGACGCCAUCGGCCCCGCCGGAAUGCCUGCCGACGCCGACGGCAAGUGGCUGCGCCAUCGGGAAUUGCAGCGCCUGGCCGACGAUCCCGACGCCACCAUCCCCGCGUUGGAAACCCCGGAGCAGUACCUGCUGUUCGUAACGGGCGGCUCCACUCACUACGCCAAUUUCUUCUAUGGCACCUACGGCAUCGCCACCAUGCCGGUGGAGGACACCGCGUAA